UCAGUGUCUGAUGACGAAUUUCCCCACAAAUCAUUAUCACUCAAUUCUGCAAGAAUGGUCUAAAUUACUAUCACUGUUCUCUAACUGGUCUAAAACCAAUUUUGACCUAAAGGGACGCUUUUUGGACGCCAUGGACGUGUCUCAGUUUCCAGGCAGAAAGAACAGUAAAAAAUGCAGGCAGGGCACAGGACAAAGCACUCGGGACAAAAUGUAUGUGAAAUGGUUGGAUACAGUAAUGUUAUUCUAUGUGAUUUUAGUGUAUUUAGUGAAUGUCACUUUUUGUCAUUUUCAAAUUUCCUGCCGUUCGUCCCCCGUACGUCCCGACGUCGCAGGGGACAGAACCCAGAAGACAGAUGCUGGCAUCCGCCGGAGGACAUUACAGGGGACACUGCAGGAGGGA